AUGGCAAUAUCUAUGAAUCUUAAGGCUCGUAUUACAAGAUCGAAAGAAAAUAAGAAUGUUAUUGUCAAACGUUGCCGCCGAAGUUCUAGAAAAGAUUUUUUGGAAGAUUCGAAGUCGUUGGAAUUGGACUCAAAUCAAAAGCAGAUUCUCUUCGAUUAUUUCAGAAAAUAUGGUGUUAAUUUAAACACUAUAAACCAAUAUUUCUCCAAGGGAUAUGCAACUAGCCAGCGCGAUGUUUUUUCGAAUUUCCCAUCCAGUUCGACAAUGCUAGUUCCACCACAUGUCACUAUUGAUCUUGAUUCUCGAAUACAGCGAUUUCGAACAACAUUACCUGCAUAUAAAAUGCGUGAUCAUAUCAUACAAACGAUUCGUAAUAAUCAAGUGACAAUUAUUACCGGUGGUACGGGUUGUGGGAAGACAACUCAGGUACCACAGUUCAUUUUGGAAGAAGCAACAUUCAGACGGCAACCGAUUCGUAUCUUCUGCACGCAGCCUCGGCGUUUGCCAGCAGUGACAGUUGCAGGUCGCGUUGCAGCUGAACGAAAUGAAGAGCUUGGUAGAACAGUUGGUUACCAUAUUCGAUUGGAACAAAAGACAUCAAAUUCCACAAUUUUAACAUAUUCAACAAGUGGAGUUCUUCUGCGAUUGUUGUCGGACAAAUUUGCAUUAGAGAAUAUUUCGCAUGUUAUUUUGGAUGAAAUCCACGAAAGGGAACAAAAAACUGAUUUUCUGCUUAUAAUUUUAAGGAAGGCACUAAGAUAUCGUAAUGAUUUGAAGGUAAUCCUAAUGUCAGCCACAUUAGGAGAAAAUGAAAAAUUAUUCACCACUUAUUUCAACAACACAUCUGUUGGUUUCGUUAAUACUUUGAUUAUUUUAAUUAAAAAGUUGUUUUUCAGUUUCGAUCCACAAAUGACGAUGUUUAAUACAUAUACGAAUAAUCAAUUAUGCAAUGCAAAUUUCGGACGUAGUUUUCCGAAUGCUUCAAAUUUCCAGAACAAUUGCUGGUACAGUGGAAAUUUCUAUACGACAAAACUUCCUUAUAGGCCAUUAUCAUUUGAACCUAUUUGUGUGGCGAUUUUACGUGAAACCAAAUUGGAUACGCGCCAACUUGUCGAUUCCUACUUAAGCAAUUGUUAUGAACGAUGUACUGAUGGAAUUGACAUUGAUCUAAUUGUUGCUGUAAUUAAAUAUUGCAUAGAUAGUCCUAUCAAUGGUGCCAUCCUUGUUUUUUUACCGGGCUAUGAUGAUUUAAUAUCAGUAGCCGAAAAGAUUAAAUGCAUUCAAAAUGGAUUCAAAAGAAAACCAUUUAUUUAUCUUCUUCAUUCACAGAUUGGAAAUCAGGACCAACUUAAAGUUUUCCAGCCUGCUGCUUAUCAAUAUCGCAAAGUGAUUUUAAGUACGAAUAUCGCGGAGGCGAGUUUGACAAUAGAUGAUGUUGUAUUUGUUAUCGACUGUGGAAAAGUAAAAGAAAAAGGUUUUAAUCAUCUCUCAAGAAUUAGUGAGUUGAGAGAAGUUUGGAUUGCAAAAUCGAAUGCGCAACAACGUACAGGGCGUGCUGGACGAUGUAGAAAUGGAUACUGUUUUAGAUUAUAUACCAUUGAUGAAUACGACAUGAUGAGCUCGAUUCAGGCGAGUUUUAUAAAUAAUCGACUUGAACUCAAACCAGAAAUGCAGAGAAUUGCAAUUCAUGAAGUUUGUCUGCAUGCAAAAAUGUUCUGUCCUCGGAAUAUGACUAUCCAUAAUUUUUUAUCACUGGCACCAGAACCUCCGUCUUCUGAGUCAGUGGAGAAAAGUGUGGAGUUCCUUGAGAUGUUGGGAGCAUUUUUUCAACCAUCGAUUGGCAGACGUUUGAAUUUUCAACCUGGUUGUACCCAGACUGAAUUAUCUGAUCUUGGAUUUCACAUUGCGCAUCUUCCAUUAGAACCACAGUUGGCCAGACUUCUCCUUUUUGGAAUUGCUCUUAAAUGUUUGGAUCCAGUCAUUACUUUAGUUGCAGUCCUUUCAUAUCGAGAUCCUUUCAUUUUACCAGCCAGCGGCGAUGUUCGAUCUCGAGCUGCAGCUGCUCGUGAAAUUUUUGCAGGAACCUAUUGUUCCGACCAUUUGGCCUUAAUACAUGCUUUUUAUAUGUAUGAGCGGCACAAUCGUAAACCAUCUUUUUGCCGGGAACAUUUUAUCUCUUUGAAUUCGAUGAGAAUGAUUGCUGGAAUUCGGAAACAAUUAUUUGAUGAAUUGAAACGUUUGAAUCUGUUACCGCUGAAUUGUAAGUCAAUUAACGAUGGAAACCUUAAUCGGUACAGUCACAGUUGGGCAAUGAUAGUGUGUGCCAUAGUUGCUGGUAGCUAUCCUGGUGUUGGUAUGACACGUCGCAAUAAUAUAAGAAGAAUUCUUACAAAUAAUGUAUUUGGAUCGGUGAAAUUUGGUAGUGCUAUUUGUCGAUCAGUUAUAGAAAAUCGAGAUGAAAUAUGCAUUGAUUAUAUUGUAUAUCAAGAUAUAUACUUGACGAGUGGCGAUAUUCAAUUGCGUACAGCUUCUGUUGCUUCGCCAUUAUCAGUUUUUCUUUUCGCUGGCCCAUUACAUUUGCAACCAAGUAUAAUUGAAGAAUUUGAACUCAGUGAUGAAAUAAUUGAAAAUGGUGAUGAUAAUGAUUGUUGUGAUAAUGAUAACGAUAACAAUGAUGAUUGGGAAACAUUCUCUAACUAUGGACAAUCAGUAUUCGAACUGGAUCCAUACCUUUAUUUUAAAUCGGCCAAUGAGGAACUUCGCCUGCUUUUGAAGUUCCGAAUUAUGCUAAUGUCAUAUUUUUUGGAUGUCAUGAAACAUCCAAAUUAUUUGGAAGAAAAUGAACAAUGUCAGAAUUUAUUAUCUACGCUUGAAAAAAUUAUUUCGGAAGACUUUAAGAGAAAAAAUUUACCAUUGUGUAAUCUGCCACUGUCAUUGGCCAUUUGUGAGAUGAAUUUGCUAAAUUCUUCGCGCAGCGACAGUCGUUACCAGUCUUCCGGAUUUGAAUCCUUUACCAGAGCAAAUUAUGGCUUUCAACAGCGAGCAACGAAUUUUGAAGAAAAUGUUUCAUCACAUCGUUUGAUUGUUGAUACAAAGGAUGAAGAAACGAAAGAUGAAACUGCUUCGGGGAAUAUUGACCAAUUCUUUAACAAUUCUACUGAGAAGUCAUCUUGCACAUUAAAUAAUCAGUUUUGUAGUAAAGAUAGUGAAAAGAUACAUAAUGAUGCAUCUUUCUUAUCAAAUUCAUCUGUCAACAAUUCGAAGGAGCCACUCGACAUUGUGCGCUAUACUAGAAUUAAAAAGCGAUAUUUAAAGAAUCCUGCUGGAAAACCAUGGUUUAAACGAACAAAAAUUGAAAUUACAAAACUCGAAAAAACUUCUCCAACUUUUAAAAAACCUUUAAAACUUUUAAAAGUGCGAAGGUUUCGAGGAAAUGCGGUCGGUGCUUUACAGGGAAGGCUUUGGGCCAAGUUCGGGAAGACGGCUUUGAAUUUUUAG